AUGGUCCACCCUUCAGGGGGGACCCGGUUUGAGAUGCUGGACCAGGAUGACCCCGAGGGUGAGAACGACGAAGAACAGAGGAGAAAACAAAGUGCCACCGUCGCCGACAUCGCAAACUUUGACCUUCGAUUCCGGUGUACUUGGACCUCUGCUCACAGCGAGGUUAGUACCGUUGGAACCCUUGCAACGUCCACAACAAGACCCAUAUCCCGGAUCGUCGUUCCGUCGCCGUCGACCGCCGCCGCUGCCGCCUUCGGGAGCUCUUUCCGGUCAACUCCGGCGACCGAUGGAAAAACGGAGGAUACCGCUACGAUCCUUGCCGUGAGGAGAGCAAACCACUAUCUUCAAUUUCGUAUUUGGGUCAUUUUAUUUGACGACCCCGACAACCACCGUCGACCUUCGGCUGAGCUUUCUGGGCAAACCGUCGACUCUUUGGGGAAACGGACAGCGCCGUUGAGUUUCUGGCCGCGAAAGGAUGAAGGAACAACCUACCUUUGUGUCUCCGGCGACAGUUCCUCCGUCAACCCCGUGAGCCGCAACUUUCUCUGGCGACUCUUCGCCGACAAGUUUCAGAAACUUGAUUUUCGUACGAUGAACGGAAGCACCCUGCAUCGAAGCUACACAAUGGAAGGAAUCGAGCCGACGCAGGCAAACAAAGAUGUAAUCGGAUCGGAGUUGCACCUUAGUAUGGAAAUUGGCCAAGAUGUCUUUGGCGGACUGGUUCACGACGGUUCACCCUUUGGGGGGGAACUAGGGUUGAAAUGCUGGAACAAGAGCGCAUCGCGGUCGCGAGAGGAGGACGGAUGGUGUACAUAGACUAGGUCGUUCUGAAUUCAGAUUUCGGACGACGAUCACGCUAGCAUGUAGGAUUGAGUGUUAGUGUGAGCUCCUCGAGAUGAGAUUAGUGUAGGAGAAGAGUCUUAGCUCUGAACAUCAUUUGUUUCUUUUGGGACAGGGUAGUUUCCCACCUAUAGCUUUUGUGUGGUUUCUUUACGAGAAUCACAGAGAGUUGGUUGGACUUAGGAGGUCUUGUUUUAGGCCGGUUGGGCUGACUUAUUCUUAUUUUGAGGGACAGUGUUGCAGACACUUGACCUUUCUUUUGGAUUGUACCUUUUGCCUACGGGCGUUACCCUUUUCUACUUUCCAUCACUGGAGGUUACUCGUGACGAGGUUGCUACUUACAGCGGGGGCUGAAAUUAUUAUUGUACAUUAGUUCUGUUAUCUUUUGUUGGGAGUUUAUUUCUUUCAGUCUUUGGUUCUAUUAUCGAAAAAAAAAAAUAUUCACGUUUUUCCGCAUUAAGUUUUUCAUUUGGUUACUAAAGUGACGCCACCGAAAUCGGGGUGUUACAUUGUGGUAUCAGAGCUUGUCGAGUCUUUCGGGAGUCUUUGGGGAAUAGGUCUUCUGUGCUAGGUUGUGUGACUCUGCAAAGAGUGAAAAUUGAUUGUCUGCAAGCGAUUUUUCGCUUAGAAUUGAUUGAAGUUAUUGCUUAAUCAUAUUGUAUAGCAUAUUAGAUGCUAUCUUAUGAUGAGUACUAACUGUUUGAUUGACUUAACAGAACCUAGAUGUUAUCCUAGGAAUGGAUUGGUUGUCCCACCAUCAUUGUCUUUUGGACUGCAACCGAAUAAGAGAUUCAGUGGUGCUAGCAUUUACGAUUGUAGUUAAAUCUCGGAAAGUUGAAGAUGAUAUGUCUGUUGAGACGCCGUCGGUCAACACUGGGACUAGAAGAGUGAAACAAUCGAGGGGAAAACAGAGUGCUUUAGUAAAAGUUAUUUGGAACAAAGACACGGACGGAGCUGUAUGGGAAUUGGAGGAAAAGAUCAAGAGAUAAUAUCCGGAGUUUUUACUGAAUCUUAAGUUUCGAGGACGAAACUUUCUUUUUGGAGGGAAGUAAUGUAAGACCCAAGUUUUUAAGCUUAGAAUAAGUGGAAGAGAUUUCCGUUUACGAUUAGGCUUGAUGUAUCGCGAAGGAAAAACCUGAACAAGAGUUUAUCGGAUGAAAUAAAUUUAUGAAGGAGAAAGUUCAGGAAAAGUCUAAGGAUUGUAUCAGAGUCGAUUUAAGUUAUAGCACGACUUAUAUUCGUUUUAAAACCUAGGACAAGAACCUUAGGAAAUCAAACUAU